CUGGCUGCCGGCCGUCUAGUCUGGUCCAGCCGGCCCAGGUGCGUGUCCGGUCGCCGAACGCAGUCCGCCGUCUUUCCGUCAAGCCAAAGCGAGCAAGUGCUAGUGCCGAGCGCCGACGCUCCCUCGCACGAUUGCUUGUGCAGUGAACAGUCCAAUCGCCAACAUUUGGAACCCGCCACCGGGACGUGUCCGUCGUCGUGGGUCGGUCCGCUGCCGCAACUGUGGACGAGAGAUGUCCGUGCCGUUCAGCUUCCACGCGGUCAGCAAGGUCCGCGAGAAUAUGAACAAGGGUGACGGACAACACCAGCGGAGCAGCACCCCGCAGGCCAGCGCCAAACAGAACAGCUGGACCACCGGUCAGGUGUCUGCCGACCUGCAGUCUUACUCCAGCAAGAUGAUGAAGGCCAUCUGGGGUCAGUACAACCAGUACUCGGUGCACAACAUCAAGUCCAACCAGGCCUUGGCCGGAGCCGACGCCGCUCGGUCCCAGACUAAGUCUGGGACCGAGCGCGCGCGCGGCGAAGACCGCUUCUCUGUGGCCGGUCUGUUCUCCUCCCAGUGAACAGGGAGUCGCGAGGACACGGCCACCACGGGGGAUCGAAGGACUGACGCCAGAAUUGCGUUGACUUUUGAAGACCGCUGAGCGCAAGAUACGCUAGCCGGCUUCAUACAGGGGUGCAUAGGGAUAGGCUUCAGGUGUGCGGUGAAGUUGUUUAUGCUUGAUUAGGCUUGGUAGCGCUAUGUAAUAUAUCUGUUCGCCUGAAAUGUAUUCAUCACCAGCGUAACCGGCUUCUAUUCUAUUCGUUUAUUUGUCACCGUUUGGAACGUCUUCGCUUACGGACUUAUAUUGUGGAAUGUUAUCCUGUAAGGUGUGCGGGAAUAAAACAUGAAAACAGCU